CGCCAAGCUAGUUUGAGGCCUAACAAAGAUGUUUUAAAUGACAACACAGACACUGAUUGGGCUUUGUUCACAUACGAAGGAAAUCAAAACGAUUUGAAAGUCCAAGGCACCGGAGAUGAAGGCUUGGAGGAAUUAGAAUCUGAAUUCAACAGUGGAAAGAUAAUGUAUGCGUUUGUGAGGGUGAAAGAUCCAAAUACAAAAAUGAUUAAGUUUAUCCUCAUUGUGUGGCAAGGCGAAGGUGUACCUGCUACCAGGAAAGGAGCGUGCGCCAACCACGUUAAAGAUGUUAAUCGUUUCUUUAAGGGAAGUCACAUGACCUUAUAUUGUCGUAACGAUGAUGAAGGGUCAGCCGAUGAAAUCAUGAAACAAGUCACUAAAACUACAUCAAACUUUACCUUUGUUGCUCCAAAAGAAGAUUCCAACAUACCUGCCCCAGUGAGUUCUGUUUAUAAACGAAUCAAUCCCGAAAAAGAAAUUCUCGCUUCAAGAGAUGAUAAGUUUUGGGUUCGAAUGCAGGCUGAAGAGGACGCACGAAAACAAGAAGAAAAGAAAAGAUUAAUCGAAUUACGGAAAAAGGAAGCCGUGGAAAUUAAGGAGCGAGAACAAAAAUCAGAGGAGGCGAGAAACCGAUUGGUGAAGCAAAGAGAACAAGAAAUAAGUGAGAAAAUGAAAGCUCAAAAGAUUGCUGAUGACUUAGAAGAUGUUCGACAGAAGGAGAAAAAGGCAUGGGAACAACAAGAGAAAGAACAAGAGGAGUCUCUUCGUGAGCAGCGACAGAUGAGAAGGACACAAUCUAUCGAACACGCUCAGGAAGCAGAAGUUCUCACCACAAAAAGAGGAAACAAUCCUCGAGCGAUGUGGGAGCAAAGGGAGAAGGAAGCAAACGCCCCUCCUCCUGUUAGGAAGUACAGUUCAAGUGGUUCUCGUACUUCAAGCAUCAGCGAACAACCCGAGCCAGCAACCAAUUACGUACCACCACCAAAACCAGCGCACCAGGAACCAGAACCAGUUCAUUACGAACCAGAACCUGAACCUGAACCAUAUGAAACAGGGCCCCAACCAACUACUUAUGAACCAGAACCAGCUUACCAGUCUGCUGAACCAGUUAAGGAUCAAAUGUACAGUGAACCACCAGCAGAACCAAGCAUGCCUGAACCAUCCUAUCAACCAGACAACCAAUAUGAAACAGACCAGCAACAAUAUGACAACCAGCAACAAUAUGACAACCAGCAACAUUAUGACAACCAACAACAAUAUGAAGAACAACAACCGUAUGAGGAUCAACAUGUAGACGCAGGAUAUUACAAUGGGAAUGACUACAACUAUGAAGGUCAUUAUUCAGAAGUAUCGGGCCAAUACCAAGAAAGUGCGCAGUGUUCCGCUGAAGCCAUGUAUGAUUAUCAAGCUGCCGAUGACACUGAGAUUUCAUUUGAUCCUGGUGAUGUUAUCACUGACAUCGAGCAGAUUGAUGAAGGAUGGUGGAGAGGAACUGCUCCAAAUGGGAGUAACGGUCUCUUCCCAGCAAACUAUGUCACUCUUCUUUAAAAAGGCAACUUUUUAAAUAAUUGAACAAAAAAACUAAAGGCAAUUUUCGAAGCAUUCAAUGCAAAGUGCAUUCUUUUUUUGGCAACUACUGUAGUUUGAUUAAAAUCAAAUUGUUCUUUAAUUUUUUUUAAUUAUCCACUGAAUCAAAUCAAGAAAGGAGUAUGUUAUUGUUUACCCUGUGUAUUUAACAAAGCACUUUAUAAAAUUUACAAAAUGCAAGCUUACUGCAUUGAGGUGUGAAUUUUGAAUGUAAAUUCAGAGUCAAUUCUGAUGUUUCACAGUGUGGCUUAUUACCGGCUGAAAGUUUCAUUGUAUAUUUGUACUUUAUUUGAAUAAUGCAAAAUCAUGCAGCUUUGUAUACAGUUUUACAAUUUCCAUUGGCUAAUUUGAGUUGAUUAAAAACUGCCAAUUUGUACAUAAUGUGAUUAUAUAUCAUAUGAAGAUCUGCACUUUAUCCAAACCAUAUAUGGAGUGUAUCAUUGUGUUUUAUGUUUUUCAGUAUGUCAAUACAUAUAUCGUAUUAGAUACAA